AGCGACCAUUUCUUCAAAUGGCUUUCCAAAAGAAUGAAAAGGUCGUAGGACAUCGUACUAGUCCAAAGAAUAUCCAAACAACUAGAGGAGGAUAUGAAGAAGGAAUUCAUUGGAGUAGAAGAAUAUUUCACACUAGUAAUGGAAUAUUAGCUUGGAUACUUUUUGACCAUGGUAGAAAUAGGGCCUUGUUUCAUAAGGUAGUUUGGAUUUUGUUACUAUCGUUGAUAUUUUUGGAGAGUAUUCGGUUGCAUAGUUUGUAUAUCAAUCAGUUGGCCAGUCGUUUGUUUUAUCCCAUAAUGAGAAAGAACGAGACUCGAAGGUUGAGUGGAAUGAGUUAUUAUCUUGCAGGCAUCUUAUUUGCUUCUUAUUUUGAGUCACCUAUUGUAUUUGAAGUUGCUGUUAUACACUUGGCUAUUGGUGACCCGGUUGCUGCAGUUUGUGGUUUGUUACUUUUUCCUAACAGUAGAAAGCGUUGGAUAUUGAAGAGUGGAAAGAAUGUAUCAGGUUUAUUGGCUUGUUGGUUGAUAUGUACGUUGAGUACUUUAUGUUAUUUAUAUUGGCAAGGAAUGAGAGGAUGGAGUAUUGGGUUGAUUGCCAUUUUGUCCAGUUUCUUAUCUGCUCUAGUCGAAAGUUGGACUCCAACUCCACAAUAUAUCAUUUCACCCUUUCCUUCUCUCUUUCCUAUUGGAUUGGAUGACAACUUGGUAAGAUUGAAAAGACUCAUCUCCUUCUCAUAUUGUUUUGAAAACCAGUUACUAGUUAUUACCUCUCAUCACAUCCCUAGUUGUCCAUAUGAUGUUGCUUUAUCUUCCAUUCUCUUAUACAUCAUAAUCUAAUAUUGAUAUAUAUGUAUGUUAUUAUUAUCUCGAAUAUUCCGCACAAUUCAAAUGACAAUUAGUUGAGUCACAUUCUUCUUCAUAAGGAGUAAGACGAAGAUUCCAAGGUUGAAGAUGUUGAUAACUAGAAUGGGUUCGAUGAGUUUCCACAUAACCAACUGCAUAGGAACAUAUCCUUUUUUCUGUUUCAUAUAAUAAAUAAUUGUCUUGAAUA